CUGACGCGCCUCAUCGACGGAGGAGAACUGGAUGUAGCCGUAGCCUUUGGGACGUCCCGACUCAGGAUCGGUCGGCAGUCGGAUGCCCACGAUUUUACCCUUGUCCUGGAACUUCUUGCGGAUCGCAUCCUCGUUGGCGCUGAAGGCGAUGUUGCCAAUGAACAGGGUGUCGCUCUCGGGGCUGGUUUGGUCACCAAAGGAUUUGGCCCGAGCCUGAGCCUUCUCCUUGGGAUCACGGUCGUUGGAGUCACGGGGUUUAGCAAAGUCCAGGUUGAUCUUGCGACCAUCAAUCUCGGCAUCCUUCUUGCCCUCGUAGGCCUUUUUGGCAUCGGCAGCGUUGGUGAACUCGACAUAGCCGAAACUGGAACAAAGUUAGCAUGCAUCACCAAAUACAAAUCGCACUCAAUCGAGCAAAUUGUGCACUCACCCUCGAGAGCGACCAGAAUUACGCUCAGUCAUGAUACGCACACCGGCAAGUUCGCCAAACUCUUCGAACUCGCGGCGCAGCCACUCUUCAUCGACAUUCCAAGAGAGAUUGCCGACAAAGAGGUUGGGAGAGUUUUCAGCGCCUUCAGUCUUGGACUUCUUAGGAGCAGAGGCCUUCUCUUCCUCAGCUUUGCGCUUCUUCGAUGCUUCCUUGGCCACCUCUUUGGUCUCCUCUUCUUCGGAUUCAUCCUCGGACUCGGACUCGGACUCGGAUUCAGACUCAGACUCAGACUCAGAGCCCGACUCGGACUCCGAGGCUUCAGAGGCAGACUCGGAGGCUACGGAGGCAGACUCGUCAGAUGA